GCGCGGCUCAGUGCGGACACGAUCUUCGACCGAUGUGACCGUCGUGGAGUGGAGUCGAACCGGAGAAACGGCAGCGGCAGGAUGGGGAAGAAACAGAAGAAAUCCGGGGAGGACAGUGCCAAAGACGACAGCGUUGACAUCGAUGCUUUGGCGGCCGAGAUCGAAGGAGCCGGAGCCUCCAAGGAGACGAAAGGGAAGAAGAAGAAGAAAGGAGCCAAAAAAGACGACUUUGAUGAAGAUGACAUCCUGAAGGAACUGGAGGAACUGUCUCUGGAGACUCAUGGAGGAAAGCAACCUGACCCCGCUGAGGAGGUGGAGAGCAUCGAGCCUCCAAAACCAGAGAAGAAGAAGACCAGGAAGGGCAAGAAGGGCGGCGCUAGUCCUGAGGAUGAGGAGGGGGAUGAAGGUGAAGCUCAGGCGGUAAACGAGAGGAACGGAGAACAGAAAGAGCAGAAGAAGACUCCGCCUUCUGACUCGGACGAUGACAGCGGGUCACAGCCCCGCCUCAAAACCAAAGAAGGAAAGAAAGGAGGCAAGAAGGCUCCUGCAUCCGACGACGACGAGGACGACCACGAUGAAGGUCUGAAAAAAGGAGGAGGUAAGGAGGACGAUGGGGACGGGGAUGAAGACGAAGACGAGUUCACCUCCAGGAGAGACAAGAAGAAGAAGAACAAAGGCAAGGCGAAGGCGGACAGCGACGAGGAGGAGGAGCCGGAGGAGGACGGAGGCUUCAAAAUGAAGACGGCGGCGCAGAAGAAGGCGGAGAAGAAGGAGAGGGACCGCAAGAAGAAGGAGGAGGAGAGGCUGAAGCAGAAGAAGAUGAAGGAGAAGGAGCAAGAGAAGAAGACAGAGGCCACGCCCACUCAGACAGCACCGCCUCCUCCCGUAGCCGCCGCCACCGCCGCCGCUGCUGCCGCGGAGGAGCAGGAAGAGGCAGAGCCGGCGGCAGAAGAGGAGGCAGAAGGAGACAAGAAGAAGAAAGACAAGAAGAAGAAGAAAGGAGAGAAGGAGGAGAAGGAGAAGAAGAAAGGCCCGAGUAAGGCCACGGUGAAGGCCAUGCAGGAGGCUCUAGCCAAGAUGAAGGAGGAGGAGGAACGGUUGAAGAGGGAGGAGGAGGAGCGCCAGAGGAGGCUGGAGGAGCUGGAGAAGCAGAGGCUGGAACAGGAGCGUCUGGAGCAGGAGAGGAAGGAGAAGAAGAAGCAGAAGGACAAGGAGAGGAAGGAGCGUCUGAAGAGGGAGGGGAAGUUGUUGACCAAAACCCAGAGGGAGGCUAAGGCCCGGGCUGAGGCCACGCUCAAGAUGCUGCAGGCUCAGGGUGUGGAAGUGCCAUCCAAAGACUCUGUGCCAAAGAAGAAACCGGUUUAUGGAGACAAGAGGAAGAAGAAGCCCAACGCUCAGAGUCCUGAAGAAACGUCCGAAGUCACUUCUCCAACGUCGGAGACCCCAGAGCCUGUUGCCAUGGAGACAGAGGCGGAGACGCCAGCCACAGAACCAGAGGUGAAGCCGGAUGCCGCCGUUGACAACUGGGAGGCCAUCGCCAGCGAUGAAGAGAAAGAGUUGAAGAAAGUCCACAUCGAGGUGAAAGAGGAGAUGGCGGCUCCUCCUCAGCCGACCGGCAGCGAAGAAGAGGAGGACGAAGACGAGGAGGAGGAGGAGGACGACGAGGAUGAGGAGGAGAGCGAGGAGGAGGAGGUGGAGGAGAAGGAGGUGACGGCGGUGGGUCAGGCCAAGAGGAAGCCGGCGGCGAAGGAGAGCGAUGACGACAGCAGUGAGAGCGACGACGAUGACGGGCGGACGAAGGAGGAACGUCUGUACGACCGAGCCAAGAGGAGGAUCGAGAAACGGAGGGUGGAGAACCUGAAGAACAUCGACUUGGAGCGGCUGAGGGCUCCGGUGGUCUGUGUGCUCGGACACGUCGACACCGGCAAGACCAAGAUCCUGGACAAGCUACGACACACUCACGUUCAGGACGGCGAGGCUGGAGGAAUCACGCAGCAGAUUGGAGCAACAAAUGUCCCAAGGGAGACGAUCGAGGAGCAGACGAAGAUGGUCAAAAAUUUCGACAAAGAAAACCUGAAGAUCCCUGGCAUGUUAAUCAUCGACACACCUGGACACGAGUCCUUCAGUAACCUGAGGAACCGAGGCAGUUCCCUGUGCGACAUCGCCAUCCUGGUUGUGGACAUUAUGCACGGUUUGGAGCCUCAGACGCUCGAGUCCAUCAACCUCCUGAAGGAGAAGAAGUGUCCCUUCAUCGUCGCCCUCAACAAGAUCGAUCGUCUGUACGACUGGAAGAAAAGCCCAGACACAGACGUCGUGGCCACACUGAAGAAACAGAAGAAGAACACCAAGGACGAGUUUGACGAGCGAGCCAAGGCCGUCAUCGUAGAGUUUGCUCAGCAGGGUCUUAACGCCGCCUUGUUCUACGAGAACAAAGACCCAAGGACGUUCGUCUCGUUGGUUCCCACCUCAGCCCACAGUGGUGACGGGAUGGGAAACCUCAUUGCGCUAUUGGUGGAGCUGACCCAGACGAUGUUAGCCCGGCGACUAGCGCACUGCGAUGAACUGCGAGCUCAGGUCAUGGAGGUGAAAGCUCUGCCUGGAAUGGGAACCACGAUAGACGUCAUCCUGAUCAACGGACGACUUCGGGAAGGAGAGACCAUCAUCGUCCCCGGAGUGGAAGGACCAAUCGUAACGCAGAUCAGGGGGCUUCUGCUGCCGCCGCCCCUUAAGGAGCUCAGAGUCAAGAAUCAGUACGAGAAGCACAAGGAGGUGUCGACGUCUCAGGGUGUGAAGAUUCUGGGUAAAGACCUGGAGAAGGCGUUGGCAGGGCUCCCCCUGCUGGUGGCUCAUAAGGACGACGAGAUCCCAGUCCUGAGGGAUGACCUGGUACGGGAGCUCAAACAGACUCUGAGCUCCAUCAAACUGGAGGAGAAGGGAGUUUAUGUCCAGGCGUCCACCCUGGGAUCCCUGGAGGCUCUGCUGGAGUUCCUCCGGACCUCCAAAGUCCCUUACGCCGGAAUCAACAUUGGUCCAGUCCAUAAGAAGGACGUGAUGAAGGCGUCCACCAUGUUGGAGCAUGAUCCACAGUACGCCGUCAUCCUGGCGUUUGACGUGAAGGUGGAACGGGAGAGUCAGGAGAUGGCCGACAGCCUGGGAGUUCGCAUCUUCUCGGCCGAAAUCAUCUACCAUCUGUUCGACGCCUUCACCAAGUACAGAGAAGACUACAAGAAGGCCAAGCAGGAGGAGUUCAAACAUGUGGCGGUUUUCCCCGCGAAGAUCCGUGUUCUCCCUCAGUUCAUCUUUAACUCCAGAGACCCCAUCGUCAUGGGAGUGUCCGUGGAGGCCGGAGUCCUGAGGCAGGGAACGCCGCUCUGCGUCCCCAGCAAAGCGUUCGUGGACAUCGGCGUGGUGACGAGCAUUGAGAUCAACCACAAACCGGUCGAAGUCGCCAAGAAAGGCCAAGAGAUCUGCAUCAAGAUCGAACCCAUUCCCGGAGAGUCGCCCAAAAUGUACGGCCGCCAUUUUGAAGCCACCGACAUCAUCGUCAGCAAGAUCACUCGAGCGUCCAUCGACGCUCUGAAGAACUGGUUCAGAGACGAGAUGCAGAAAUCGGAUUGGCAGCUGAUCAUGGAGCUGAAGAAGACCUUCGAGAUCAUCUGAGGACACACACACACAUCACACACACACAGAACACACAUCAACACACACUGAUGGACAGACACACAUCCUCCUCAGGCGACGAGGCGGCGACGGAGGGAUGACAAAAGAAAAGAGAAAGAGUUUUUCUGUGAGAAACGAACAGUUUUUCCACUGUUGUAAACAGUGAUAGUUUAGACACAUUAACACAGUAUUCCAACGUGCCUGUUCUUCAGCAUCAACGUUGUGUUAUUAUUAUUUUUCUUCCUCUCUGCUCUGAUUGGUGGCUGCUGCUUCGUGUCACAGGCUCCGCCCCUCUCCGCUCCAGACUGAGGCUAACGAGCCAAACGAGGCCCACCAGGUGCGUGCUGGGAUUGUUUUUGACGAGCACCGGGGCUGGAGGAGACAUGGUUUUCUGGUUUUUUCUUUUCACCAAACAACAAAUCGCAGAGGCAGCAGCAACGGCUCGACUUUGGUUUAUCAGACAUGACGGGGUCGGGGGUGGGAGGGGUCGGGCAUGUCAGACAGUGGGUGUGAAAAAACAGAUGUGACUGAAAGAUUGAAACUGUUUCUGCUGCAACUGCUGAUGUAAUAAAUUCCCCUGAUUCUGAUGAAACCUGCA